AUGACCAGCCGGGGGACACCCGACCAGCGCCCCCACCCCGUGGCCCCAACCCCACCCGGGACCCGCGCAUCCGGACCCCCGACUCCGGCCUCCAAGCCCUGGGAAGCCCGACGAGCUUUGUUAACUCCCCACUACCCCCGGCGCCACCGUCGGGCGGCCCUUGGGGCCACGCGCCCUUGCCUCCUGCCGCGUCCCCACCGCGAGCCCGGGCCGCACCUGUGCCCGCCGCCGCCGCCGCCGCCGCUCGCCCGCUCCCCUCGGCAGUGCCGGCGCCGCUCCGAACCCCACACACAUCGCUACACACAGCCCUCUGACGUCACCGAGCCCUCGGCCCGCCCACGUCACUGCGGAGACACACUGCUUCCCGCAGACGCCGCCGCCGUCUCCGGCCGCCCGGGGGAGAGCGAGGGCGGCGGGGCGGAGGGGGGGAGGGAGGGAGAGGAACAGAGCCAGCAGCGGCACCGCGCGCGCGGGCCCGCCGCCGCCGCCGCCGCCGCCUCGCGGCUCCUAGCCCCGCGGGGACGCGCGCACCGUCUGGCCUAUUGUGGUUCCAAAGGGCUCUCCUGGCCCGUCGUCUGGCGCGCGCGCCCCUCCCCCCAGGCGCGCGCCCCCCCAGGCGCGCGCCCGGCGCUCCUCGCCCCCCGCGCCGUCUGGGCGGCUGGCGCGCGACGCUUCGCCCAGCCGGCUGUCUGGCCGCCACCGCCCCGCCCCCGCCCCACCCGCUGCUCGGUGGUGACGGGCCAGACCCGGGGGCGCCCUGGUCGCUCGGUCGCCGCGCUGCAAGGCAAGUGGGGGCAGGGCGGUCGCGAGGUGCACUGUGCGCGACCCCAGUCUGCCGGGCGGAGACAGGGCCGCCCUGGCCGAGGCCACCGCCCGAGGUCAGGCACGGGCGACCCUCCCCCCUGCGGGGGCCGCAGCUGGGCCGCCCCGCCCCGGAGGCAGCCGGGUGGCGGCCGCCCAGCCGCGCCCCCCUUGAGGGCCCUGCGCGCGGGGGCUGCUCCCCCGCCUCCCCGGGGCCUCCCGCCCGAGGGCCGCCCAGCCAGCUGCCCGCGCUGCGCUCCGCCCCACCCCGGCGGCCCCCGCCUUGCCUGGGCCGCCUCCGCCCAGACGCCUUCCCGGGGCUGA